AUGCCGCUGCCAUCAGGGGGGCCACCAAACAUUAGAAUGCGACGAGAGGACCUCAAGGCCUGUCAUAGGGAUGGGCAAGGCACACUUGACAACCCCAUGGUGAUCUGGACGGCUCGGCUAACAGAUAAACAGCGACACGAAGUCACGGUCCCCGAGUUCGAGCACGAAGCGAAUUUGUACCGCGCGAUCGAUACUAACGCGGACAUAGCUAAGACGGCCGCUAUCCGAGCUGGCAAGAUACCGAACAAAUGGGACACGGAUGGAAAGCCAACAGAGUACCUUGUCUCGGGUACUGAUCUCCGUCUCGCGGUGAAGAUGGGCACGAGCGAGGACGUAUGUCUCUUGCAUAGACAUAUCAACGUAACCGUAGAUGAAAAGGGGUUCCCAACGGUGCUUAUGGCCAAGUUCCAGAGACGCCAGAACAGAAAUCUCACGGACAAUGACGAUAGGACCCUUGAACUCUUUGAGUGGGUCAUCAGGACAGAGCUAGCCCAGGAGCUUCAGCAGAAGGAAUCGUCAGAUUACAAACUCUUCAAGACGCGAACGGUGGGUGGUGGUGGUGGAGAGGGAUGGAAGAUUGAGAACGAGGAUGGCGACUCGGGCUACGAAGACGAAAGCUACUGUGAGCUCGAAGCCCGAGAUGUUGACUGUAUGGACUGGACGCCGACUGGCGGUGAAGAGGCAACGGGACUUGAUCCCGAGUUCGAAGAGUGUAUUGUUCGUAAGUGGAAUCCUUACCGCGAGGGAGGACAUUUCAUUUCUGUGAGGAACUUUGGCUACGCUUCUGGAACGUGCAACAACAGGUUCAUCAACCCACCGCAGAAUUGUAGGCGGAGUGUUCGUAACUCUCGGCAUUGGCAGCCACGGCAAGUUGCAAGACCGUACGCGUAUGGACAGAUGUUUCGCAGAAAAUGA